AUGUCGACAACAGCAGUCGAACCUGCCGCCCACCAAGCAUCCUCAACCAUCCAAACCGCAAAACGCAACCUCCAAUUCCUCUACGACCCCUCCUCGCCCAACGCACCCACAAAACGCCGCACACGCGCCCUCCUCCGCACCCUCCGCUACACUCUAAAAUUCCUCUUUUGGCGACUCGUACGAUAUGCAAAGUACGCAGCCGUGGGUGCCAUCACCGCCGCAAUCGCCGGUACAGCGAUAGGGAGUGUGGCAUCAGGAGCUGCGUUUGUGAUUGCGCCGACAGGGAUUCUGGGAGGUGCGGGUGUGGGAUUAUUGUGGGGGUUGGGCAAGUUUGGGUGGAGGACGUUGGCGAGGAGGGUGAGGAGUGGGGAGGUUCAUGGGGCGGAUGCGAGGAAGGAUGAGAGGGAUGAGGAGCAUGAGGUUGAGAGUAUCAAGCCGCCGAGGAUGGAAGAGCCUUGGUGA